CUCUUGCUGAAGAGUUUACCCUUUCGAGAAGCAAAAUCACCUGGAAAGGAAAGGCAGUUUCUCCAUUGACUCUUCGAUGAGGAAGGAACAGGAAUAGAGAAACUGUGCUACUUCAAUCAAAAUGGAUGAUGCUUACAAUUACUGAGUGCUUUUAGGAUGUCUCAUCUAUGUAUACAAGAUGAUUGUCUGGCUAUUCUCAUUGAUGAGUAUUGAGAUGUUCCUCUUGGCAGCAUCUUGUAGGAAUUGGCAUAUCAUACCUGAAGAGGGCAGCAUUGCUGGAGGAACAUGGAUCACCAUUGUUUUUGAUGGUUUGGAGUGGAGUCUCCUUUAUCCCACCAAUGGCUCUCAGCUGCAGAUAAGUCUGGUGAAUGUGGAAAUUCCGUGGCUGCCACAUGUCCCAUGUGACACCUCUCCCAUCUAUGAAGAUUUCUCUGCUGUAAGAUGCCAAACCAGGUCUCUGCAGGGGGACAUACAGGAAGGCCUGUACUAUCUGGAAGUUCGUUCUGGUGCACAAGUGUUGAACACUCUGAGUGAAGGUUCCUCGGAUAACUGUACUUUCAAGUUUUCCAAGGCACAGACACCCAUUGUUUACCAAGUGACCCCACAGUCUGGAGUGCCAGGAAACUUAAUACAAGUCCAUGGCUGGAUUAUUACUGGAAGGACUGAAACUUUUGAUAACAGUAUUGAGUUCAUCGAUAGUCCACUCACUCUUCAGGCCCAAGGUGGAGAAUGGAUUACACCCUGCUCUCUUGUGGACAGAGAGACAGGAAACAGGUAUCCAGUUGAAGAGGACCUUGGCUUUGGAGCCUUGCGGUGUCGGGUGGAAGGCCACUACGUUGGUUCACACAAUGUUAGCUUCUCCAUAUUUAAUAAAGGAAAGUCAACCGUACACAAAGAUGCAUGGCUGAUCAGUGCCAAACAGGACCUUUUCUUGUAUCAGACUUACUCAGAAAUACUGUCUGUGUUUCCAGCAACUGGGAGCCUGGGUGGAGGAACAGACAUCACCAUCACAGGAGAUUUCUUUGAUUUUCCUGCCCAGGUUACUGUUGCAGACAUCCCAUGUGAAAUCAAAUACAUUUCUCCAAGGAAGAUCGAGUGCACCACUGGGCCCCUGAAGCAGGGCACAAAGCUCAUGUCACCUCAGCCAGGCAAUCGAGGACUUCUCUUUGAAGCUGGAGAUGUUCAGGAGGGCCUGGAUCUCACCAACACCACCCCUGGCUACAGAUGGCAGAUUGUUCCCAAUGCCAGCUCUCCAUUCGGAUUCUGGUCAGAGGCAGGGCAACGUUUUAGGGCUCGGCUCAGUGGAUUCUUUGUUGCCCCAGAGACAAAUAACUACACUUUUUGGAUCCAGGCAGAUAGCCCAGCCUCUUUGUACUUCAGUCAAUCAGAAGAUCCAGGGACCAAGGUGAAAGUAGCUUUUAUUCAGGCUGGCAUAGCUGACUGGUUUGAUUCCUGGGAGACUAAUGGGCAUUUGGAGACCUGGCAACAGAAGUCCCUGAAGUUGAAAUUGUCUGGUGGGGCAAAGUACUACCUGGAAGCUGAACACUAUGGCAUAACUCCCAGUCGUGGGAUGAGCAUCGGAGUCCAGAUCCACAACACCUGGCUGAAUCCUGAUGUGGUCAACACCUACCAUCGGGAGAAACUCCAGAUCCGAGCCAAUGCUCAGAGGCUCCCAGAGAUACAGAUGCUAAAUGUGACUGGCACAGGAAAAUUUUGCCUCUCCUGGGAUGGUGUCUCCAGCCAGCCAGUAACCGUAAAUGCCACCGCUGCUCAGAUCCAAGCGGCGAUAGAAGAACUGCUUACAGUAAAAUGCAAACUGGAACCACUUUCAGCUCAAAUUCUUCUCCAUUUUGGAUUUGAACAAGGUCUACAGGAUUCUGGUCCUGAUGGGGACCUUAGCAGUGGGACAGAGCCCUUCUGUGGAAGGUUCAGCAUCCGUCAGCCUCAAUACCUUGUCAGAACAUCAGAAGCCAUGCAGAUGAGAUAUCAGCUUGGUCAAUAUACACAUCUGUGCUUUGCAUAUAAAGGCCAUAUGAAUGAUACCAUGACCAUCUCAAUAUCCUUCACAAGUACAUUUCAUAAGACUGUAAAGAAGAAGAUUGUCUGUGGAUGGAAUCCAGAGCAGCUGAGGACUGAAAGCUGGAAGUUUGUCUGUCAUGACCUCUGGGAGUCAUGCGUGCGUCACUCUGAGGGCCUCCACCGCCAUCUGGCCAACUCCCCUGUGCUGGUGCAUCAGAUUGAUGUGUUUCCCCAAGUCCAUGAGAAGAGCCAGUUCUACAUAGAUGAAAUUAUUGUUGCAGAUAGAAAUUUAGCAGUUUCCCAAAUCAACGCCAGAACAGCUCGGCCAGGGGGGAAGCUCAUCGAAUCCCUUUCUGUGACUGGAGUCCCACCAACCUACAACAUAACCCUAUGGCUGGCAGGCUGUGGCAGCGAACUUCCUCUCAUUCAGCCUUGCUACUUGCCACGGGAAGAAGCAGAUGAAGACCUAAGAGGGGUCAAUGUGACAAUCCAGCGACUGCAAAGGAUAAGCCCACCUUUAGGAGGAUAUUUUCAGAUCCAGCUUCCCAAGACAGUGAUACCUGGCAUCCCUGUGCACAUUUCUGCUCAUGACCUCCGUGAGCUCUUACAGGGCAGCAAUGACGCCUUUGCAGCUCAGUUCUUCAAUGUCAGUGACUUUAAGGUGCAGAAAGAUCUAAACACCUGCUAUGAGCGUGUGUGGACCCUCACCUGGAUGUCACAAACAGGGGACUUGCCCAAUACCAUCAGUGUCUCUGCAGAAAACCUAACUGGUGUGUAUCCAGCUGUGAGCACUCGGGUAGUUUAUGAUGGUGGUGUUUUUCUUGGACCCAUAUUUGGAGAUAUGUUGGUUACUCCCAACACAUACCCACAGGUGACUGUGAGAGUCAGUGAUAUCCCUGCUCACUGUUUGGGUGCCUGCUCUUUCCAAUACCAUCAAGAAUCAACCCCAUUAGUUCAAGCUGUCUGGUACUCUUAUGAUGAUGACACUGACCUGCUGGUGUGUAUCAAGGGAUCCGGUUUUCCUGGUGACUCUAAAGCUUUGAAAAUCGAGGUGAAUCAACAGGUCUGUGAAAUCAUGUUCUCAAACCAAACUUAUGUGACCUGCCGGAUGAACUUCUUACCAAUUGGAGAGUAUCAGGUGGUGAUGCUGGUGAGGCACUUUGGCUUUGCACUCAAUGUCAGUGGAGGAGAGGGCAUCUACUUCAACAUUAAACCCAAGCUGGAAGUGGUGGAACCUUCUGUAGCCCCAGAGAUUGGAGGAUUUUGGGCCACUAUCCAAGGGACCAGUUUGGAAGAAGUAAGCCUGGUAUUAUUUGGGUCUCAACCUUGUCCCAUCAACAUCUCCUCCAGGAACAUGGAAAGAAUCCAGUGCAAAGUCCCUCCCUGGAUUGGCUUUCAGGGGAAUGAUAGUGGAAGGCUUGUGAAUGUGACCAUCAUCACCAGGAACCUGUCAUUAGCUUAUCCAGAGGCAUUCGAGUAUACUCCUUCUUUAAAUCCAGUUAUCGUUUCCCUGAGCAGAAAUAGAAGCAACACAGCAGGAGAUCAGAGACUUUUCAUUGGAACUACAUCUCUGGUGAAUUAUACAGACCUGGAUGUGAAAGUCCGUAUUCAGGACACCUUGACUCAGAUCCUAAAGCAGGGACCUCAGGGUCUGGAGGUUGCACUGCCACCCUUGCCAACAGGGUGGCACAGCAUUUCAGUCACAAUGAAUGGUGUCAACAUCAGAUCAGAGGGGGUUGAUCUUCAAAUCCAGUAUAUUACCAAAGUCUUUCAGAUUGAGCCUUGCUGUGGGUCCCUUCUGGGUGGAACCACCCUUACUAUCUCUGGAAUUGGCUUCAGCAAGGAUCCCUCUCUAGUUUCAGUAUCAUUGGGCAACCAGACCUGUAGCAUUGUGAACUCAACUGAAGAGACCAUCUGGUGUGAGACUUCAUCAGCCCCUUACUUGCCUGAUACAGAGCCUCAAGCUGUCAUGGUUCCCAUAGAAGUCUCAAUUGGCAAUAUCCAUGCGCCCCAUGAUCCCUCAUUUGACUUGGGAAAGAAAGACUUUACCUUUACCUACCAUACAGCUUUAACUCCUUUUGUGACUGCCAUGCAAGGUCAAAUCAGAGGUGACAUUCUGGAGCUACAAGUGGAAGGAGAUAACAUAUCUAAAUCAAUUAUCCUUCUGGGGGACAUGAAAUGUAACCUUGAGCUACAAUCCUUCAGUUUCAAUAGAACUCAGUAUUUCUGUUCCUUACCGCUAGCAAAUGUUGAAGCUGGGAUGUAUCCCAUCCAGGUUUUCCAGAAGGAUAUGGGAUUUGCAAAUAUGUCUGCUGUGCCCCACAGUUUUACAGUGUCUCCCCAGGUUACUAACAUCUUUCCCACCCAUGGAUCAGUGUGUGGAGGGACAUUGCUUACUAUAGUAGGCUUGGUUUUCAAGUCCAGAAUGAGUGUAGUGCAGGUUGACCUCUCUGGCCCUCAUACUUGCGCCAUCUGGAACUGGAAUGACCGCAUGAUCCUCUGCCAGGUUAGCCUUGUGGGACAUCUCCCUAAAGCAUCACGUGGCCUGAAUGUCACAAUCACUGUUAAUGGGAUAAUCAGUAAGUGCCAAGGAAACUGUACAUUCUAUCUGCAAGAAGAGGCAACCCCCAUUAUGGACACAUUGACCACCAGUGUCAGUGGGACUUUGACCACCAUAUUAAUUGGUGGGCAAAAGUUAGCCACAGACACUGAUGAACUGGUUGUUUUGGUUGAUGACCAUCUUUCUUGUGAUAUAACCUUCUAUAAUGCAACUCACGUGGAAUGUCAGCUGAGUGGCUUGGACCCUGGUCUACAUCACUUCUCUCUUCUGAAUAAGAGAAAAGGCUUUGCUUGCCAACACACCAUACCUCCAUAUUUCACUGUCACUCCGCAAGUGCUUGGAUAUCACCCUCAGAAUUUCAGUGUCAAUGGUGGAGGCCUCUUGACCAUAGAAGGCACAACACUGAGAGGAAAGCACACAACUUCAGUCCUGGUAGGGCACCAACCCUGCCUCACUGUGAAUAUUAGCUCUCUGUUCAUCCAGUGUAUCAUUCCCCCAGGCAAUGGGACACUUGUCCUGGAAAUUGAAGUUGAUGGGAACUUAUAUGAUGUGGGGAUGAUUGGUUAUAGUGAUGCCUUCACCCCAGCAUUACUUUUCAUUCUUCAAACCGAUGGUUUGAUUAUAACCUUCCUUGUGGACCGAACCACUGGUGCUAAGAACAUGCAGAUCUUUAUCGGGACAUCACCAUGUGUAGGCAUCUUGGGUAACCACACAGUUUUACAAUGCUCAGUUUCUCAGCUUCCUGCUGGGCAAUAUCAAGUCAAAGGCCAUGACCGUCUUCGAGGCUGGGCUUCAUCGACAUUGGUGUUCACCUCUAAAGUUACCAUUACGUCAAUCUAUAGUAACUUUGGCUGUCUGGGUGGAAGAGUACUGCAUGUACAUGGAAGUGGAUUUUCUCCAGGGAACAUAUCUGCUGCUGUCUGCGGUGUCCCCUGCCAAAUCUUAGACAAUGCUACAAUGACCACCUUCAGCUGCCUGGUGCUGCCGCUGGAUGCCUCCUUGGCUUUUCUGUGCAACCUAAGGCCCUUGGAGGAAAACUGUGAAGCCACCAAUGCUACCUACAUCCAGUGUGAAUUGACUGUCACCAUGGGGACCAGCAGUCUGUUAAGAUCUUGGUCUUAUAUCUACAUGUGUGAAGAAAGUCCUUGGUGUACCUUAACUCUGGACCAUCAGGUAGACUCACCCCUGGAAUUAUUCUCUGGACUCUUCAUGAGCCCUAAAGUGGAAAGAGAUGAAGUUCUCAUCUAUAAUAGCUCCUGUAACAUUACCAUGGAAACUGAGGCAGAGAUGGAGUGUGAGGCACCUAAUCAGCCAUUUACCGCCAAGAUUACCGAGAUACAGAAAAACUGGGGCCAGAACACUCAGGACUCCUUUCCCCUCCAGGUCUGUCGUAGAUGGUCCAGAGCUUACAGCUGGAUUCCCGAAGGUCGGCCACAAGAUGGCGACAACGUCACAGUGGAGAGCGGCCAAACGCUGCUACUUGACAUCACUACUAGUGUCCUCAGAAUGCUGCAUAUUAAAGGUGGCAAGCUGAUGUUUACUGGCCCAGGACCCAUUGAGCUCCAUGCUCACUGCAUCCUUGUAUCACAUGGUGGUGAGCUCCGGAUAGGAUCCCAGGAUAAACCUUACCAUGGCAAAGCUCUGAUCCACCUCCAUGGGAGUUCUCCUUCUACCAUCUUCUUUCCAUAUGGAGCCAAAUUUCUCGCUGUGAGGAAUGGAACGCUGUCCCUGCAUGGCCUAAUGCCAGAGGUGAGCUUCACAUAUCUACGGACUGCAGCUCAAGCCAACGAUACCAUGUUAGCCUUAGAGGACCCUGUGGACUGGCAUCCUGGGGAAGAAGUUGUCAUUAGUGGAGUCACCCUGGAAGGUUCCCAAGGGCAAGAAGAGGUUGCCAUCAUAGACAGUGUGUUUGGUGCAGAACUCUAUCUUAAGUCACCUUUGAGAUAUUCUCAUGGCUUUCUAGAACAUAAUAUAGCUGGGCAUCACCUUGCUUUAAGGGCUACAGUGGCUCUACUCAGCAGGAACAUUGUCAUCCAAGGAAAUCUCACCAGUGAGAGGAUGGCACACCUUGAUCUGUGUACUGAAGCCAAGUUUCCAGAAGAUGUUUUCCAGCACUGCUUGUAUUUGAGGAGUAAAAAGAAUCUUGGAUCGGUGGAUCUGGGGGCUGUAGUUACUGUGCAGUCAUUCCCAGGAGAGCCCAGCCAGGUCCAACUGCAGGGAGUCCAAUUUCAGUACAUGGGACAAACCUUUCGGAAACACCUGUGUGCACUAAAUGUGAUUGGAUCUAUGAAAGAUUCAUUCAUACGGAGCUGUUCAGUGCGGGAUUCUUUCAGCAGGGGCCUUAGCCUAUCCAGGACUUCAAAUAUCAUUGUGGAGAAUAAUGUAUUCUACAACAUUUUAGGCCAUGGACUACUAGUGGGGACUUACAUGGAAAUGAGACAUCUCCCUUGGAAGGCUGUCCCCAGAAGAAAAACUGAUUUCUCAGGACAGGGGAAUAUAGUAAGAAACAAUGUGGUAAUUGGAGUUUUUGGAACUGAAGGUCUUUCUAGUAUUGAGGUAUUGUCACCAGCUGGCAUCUACAUCCAAGAUCCGACCAAUGUUGUAGAGAGAAACAUGGUGUGUGCUGCUGGAUAUGGUUAUUUCUUUCAUCUUGCAACCAGUGAAACUUCGAAAGCUACUCUCCUGUCCUUCAGUCAGAAUGUAGCCCAUUCCUGCACAAGGUAUGGCCUCCUUGUAUAUCCCAGGUUUGAACCACCACGAGCAAAUGACACUGGUCCCACUUUGUUCCAGAACUUCACAGUUUGGGGAAGCCAAGGUGGUGUUCAGAUUUUCAGAAGUAGCAAUCUUCAGCUUAAAAAUUUCCAGAUUUAUCCGUGCAAAGAUUUUGGGAUUGACAUCUUGGAAAGUGAUGCAAAUUCUUCAAUUACUGAUAGCUUAUUGCUUGGUCAUUAUGCCUCAAAGCAAGGGAGCUCAUGUAUGUCAGUGGGAGUAAAAACCCCUAAGAGACAGGAAUUGUUGGUGUCCAAAACGACCUUUGCGAAUUUUGAUCGAAACAACUGCAUCGCCAUGAGAACUUGUUCGAGCUGCUAUCAAGGACAAGGUGGAUUUACUGUGAAGACUAAACAGCUGAAGUUUCUAAACUCUCCUAACCGAGUAGCAUUCCCAUUUCCUCAUGCAGCUAUUAUGGAAGACCAGGAUGGCUCUGUCUCUGGGAAUAAGGGAAGUUACCUUCUUGCCUCUGCAGAAAACCUUGCCUCUUCCUGUCAGGUCAACCAAACCUUUGGUCAGACUGUCAGGGGCAGUGUUUGUGGCCCAGAUGUAAUCCUUCAUCGUAUGUCUAUUGGCUUAGCUGAAGCACCAGAAGUUGCUUAUGAUUUAACAGUGACUGACAGUAGAAAUCAGACAACCACUGUUAACUUUGUGUAUGAUACGUUGUCCAACCCAUACGGUUGGAUGGCCCUGCUUUUGGAUCAAGAUACCUACUUGCUGAGAUUUGAGGCUCCUUGGAUUAACAUCAAUCUUCAGAGGCAUGAUUUCCAAAUGACGGAAAACCAAGAUGUGCUGUCAGUGACCAGUAUGACCUGUUUUCCACAGUAUUCAGCAACUUUUGAUAAUUUUACUUCUGGUAAUUACCUGCUCAUGGUGCAUAAAGAUGUGCAGCCACAUGCUGACAUCCUGGUGAUGUGUGGGACCAGAGUUGGCCAGUCGCUUCCAUCUCCUCCAUCUGCCACUUGUGAUAAGGCCUGUGAUUGGUUCUUCAACAGCCAAUUGGGGGAGCUCACUUAUCUGGUUUCAGGUGAAGGCCAAGUUCAACUUACACUCCUGGUGAAGGAAGGAGCUAUUCCAACAACCUCAGUUCCAUUGGCUGUACCUGAACCCAUUUUAAGAUGGUCCCAUCCUACAACAUGGCAAGAUGUUGAAGAGGGCUGGGGUGGAUAUAAUCAUACCACCCCAGCACCAGGUGAUGACGUUAUGAUCUUACCCAACAGGACCAUCCUUGUAGACACCGAUCUUCCUUUUCUCAAAGGCCUCUAUAUUCUGGGAACCCUAGAAUUUCCUGUGAACCGGAGCAACAUUUUAAAUGCAACUUGUAUUAUUGUUGCAGGUGGUGAACUGAAAGUCGGUAAUUUUUCUGAGCCCUUACAGAAAGGGCAAACACUUUUGAUCCAGCUUCAAGCCUCUGCAGGAGUCUACUGUGAUCGUUUGGAUGGAAUUAAUAUUGCUCCGGGAACUAUUGGAGUUUAUGGAAAGUUGCAGCUUCAUAGUGCAUACCCCAGGAAGGCCUGGACCCAUCUUGGAGCUGAUAUUGCCUCAGGAAAUGAGAGGAUUCUAGUGGAGGAUGCAGUAGAUUGGAGACCACAAGACAAGAUUGUAUUGAGUUCUUCAUCUUAUGAACCUCAUGAAGCAGAAAUCCUCACUGUAAAGGAAGUCAUGGGUCAAAAUGUUAGAAUCCAUGAGUGCCUCAGCCACCGACACCUUGGAAGUUCCCAUUCAAUGGAAGAUGGCAGGCAUAUUUCUCUGGCUGCUGAGGUGGGCCUCCUGACUCGAAAUAUAAAAAUCCAGCCUGAUGUUCCAUGUGGUGGAAGAAUGGUUGUGGGGUCCUUUCAAAAACCUAAUGGAGAAGAAUUUUCAGGUACCCUUCAGAUUUCAAAUGUGGAAAUCCAGAACUUUGGGUCUUUGCUGUAUCCAUCUAUUGAAUUCAAUAAUGUAUCUUUGGGAUCCUGGAUCAUCUCUUCUACUGUGCACCAGAGCUGUGGAGGGGGUAUUCGUGUAUAUUCCAGUAAAAGUAUCUUCUUAUAUGAUAACAUUUUGUUUGACACCAUUGGCCAUGGUAUUGAUCUAGAGGGUCAAAACCACUCUCUCAUCAAGAACCUCAUUGUCCUGACCAGGCAGCCACAAAGAGCAGUGGAUUGGGUGACAGGAAUCAAGUUGAACCAGGUAAAUGAUGUCAACCUCACUGGGAAUGCUGUAGCAGGAUCAGAGAGAAUUGGCUUCCAUAUCAGGGGCCAUAGUUGUUCGGUGGCUGAAAAUCCUUGGGUUGGAAAUGUGGUGCAUUCUAGCCUUCAUGGACUCCAUCUGCAUAAGGGAGAUGGACUAUACAACUGUACUGGUAUCUCUGGUUUCCUUUCAUACAAGAACUUUGAUUAUGGAGCCAUGUUCCAUGCAGAAAGCAACUUGGAGAUAGAUAAUGUGACUCUGGUGGACAAUGUUGUUGGUCUUCUUCCAUUAAUAUAUACAUCCUCUGCUGAACAUUGUUCCUUAAAGAAGAAACAGAUAGUUCUCAGGAAUUCGAUCAUUGUGGCCACUAGCUCUUCUUUUGAUUGCAUAGAAGACAGAAUUAAACCUCUUUCUGCUGACUUCACAUCAAGGGAUCGAGCCCCAAAUAAUCCCAGAGGAGGUCGGGUUGGAAUAUUAUGGCCUGGAUUCACUGUGGAACCAAACCAAUGGCCUCAGGAUGCAUGGCAUAAAGUGAGGAAUUAUCCUUCUGUCUCAGGGAUUAUGAAGCUUGACGGAGUCACCUUUUCUGACUUUGUGAAGAGCUGCUAUAGCAAUGACUUGGAUGUCUGCAUUCUGCCCAAUCUUGAUAGCGCUGGCAUCAUGCCCCUAAUCACAGCAGAGAGGACAAAGAUGCUCAAGGUCAAAGAUCAGAACAAGUUCUACUUCUCCUCGCCUAGGCUCAGAAAGGAAACAGGGGAAAUGGUCUGUCCUGGAUUGGACUGUGAAAGUCCAAUAAAGUAUCUCUUCAAAGACCUAGAUGGCAGUGCCCUGGAUCUGCCACCACCAAUUUCUGUUUUUCCAAAAUCCAAGUCGGAAUGGGUUGCAUCCUGCUUCAACACAGGUAUAUUUAAAGAAGACCAAAAAUGCACCUAUAGACCAUCAUUGCAAAGCUAUGUCUGCAAACAGGCAGACUAUGCACUUCUGAUCCUUGAAAUUAUUGCUCCAGGGAGGAAAAAUCCAUCUCCAGUGCUAUCAGUGACAAGUGGCUUUGUGGGAACCUUCUCUCGCAUAGCUGCCCACCCCUCCUGCUCUGCUUCUUCAUUUUUACCAGCUUUCUAUUCUGUUUUACCAAUCAACUCACUCACCAAAAUUUGCUUUGUGAAUUGUGUUCCUCAAGCCAUGCGUUUUUAUCUCAUUGGGAGUGAAAGGUCCUCUAAACUUCUGGCUGUGUUCUACUUUGAGCUUCAGAGCCCUCGUGUUUUCUUCCGUGGACAUUUCAUCCCGCCCACUCCAGUUCCAUCAGACGCUUGGCAAGAGAGUGGGGCUAUUGGUACCAACUAUUUCAGCUUCAUGGAUAAUCUUUUGUAUAUCCUCCUGCAAGGGGAUGAGCCUGUCGAGGUGCAUUCUGCAGUUUCUAUCCAUGUAGCCUUCACAGUGACAUUAUCAAUCACACUGGAAGGUUGGGAAACAGCCAUUCAACAAAGAUUGGCUCGUUUCUUACAGAUUGGCCAAGACUGUAUCAGAAUUGUUCAUGUAAUGCCAGGUGGUGAAUGGACCUUAAAGGCCAUUGCUGAUGGUGCGGCCAAAAGGCAACAUCACUGCCCCACUGGGACCUUUUGUACUAGUUGUCCUAGAAUGGAUCAGCAUAGAAGGCUCAUGAAAAAGAUGGAAACAUGGGUCCCACCACCAACUUAUUCAGAAAACAAUUCAAAAGUGGUGGUCAUUGAAAUUGGUGAUCUGUCAGCUAUAGGAAGUGCCAAAGUGGCUCCCUCCUUAUCCACCGAUGCAUUGCAGCGUUUGGCUCAUCAGAUUAUCAAUGCUCAACAGACUGGGGAAUUGCAGGAAGCCUUGGAUAUGCCAACUGAGGCCCUGCUGAUCAGUCUUUCAGCUGGAGUAGAUACUUCUGGAAACUCAAGCAGUCUCGAUACUGGUGGUGUGGUAUAUAAACGACCAUAUACCCUUUCAAUCCAAGUUCAGCCAUCCAAUGGAGAAGUGGGAAUAGAGCUUCCAGUGCAACCACUCCUUGUUUUUCUGGAUAAACAGGGAUGGGUAGUAGAAUCAUUAGGACCUCCCUCAGAGCCUUGGAUUGUGGCUGUUUCUCUGGAGGGGGCAUCAGAAACUGUAUUGAAAGGGCACACCCAGUCAGAAGCUCGACAUGGCCGAGUAAGCUUCUCCAAUCUGGCUGUCUCAAGAUCUGGAUCAAAGUGGUACUUUCUUUUCACUGUGACAUCCCCACCAGGUGCCAAAUUUAGAGUUCGAUCUGAGCCAUUUGCAGUGUUUCCUGUUAACAUGGGAGAAAAAUCUACUAUCCUUAUGGCUCUUAUUUUGUGUUCUGCUGCCUCGUGGGUUGCUUUGUGCUUUCUGGUAUUUUGUUGGUUUAAGAAAAGAAAAAUCAAAAAAACAAAAACUGAAGAGACUUGUGAAACUCAGGAAGAGGACAAAAAGAAAAAUCCUCAGGUCAUACCCCAACACCAUAUACAUCACACAAGGCUUCAAGGAAGACUGGAAGAGACUGAAAAAGAGGCCACCAUGAUACAAGAACAUAGGGGACAGAAGGCCAUGCCAGGCAAGCUGAACCAGCUGCCCCAUCGACAGUCCCUGAAUGGAUUAUCAAGAAGAACAGUCCGGACUGUGCGUAGGGAAGCGGUGCAGGGAGAAGACAUUGCCCCAGUGGAUGGCAUUGCUCACCUUCCAUCCCACGACCACAUCCUCACUAUUGGUGCUCCUGCUCAGCAAGUAGCUAUCCGGAAAGUCAACAAUUGGAAGGAUUCUCAAGCACAGUUACUUGGGUAUCAACUAGCAGAACAAGAUCAAUUACUGGUGCUAUAUCCUAGCUUCGAUCAAGAGGGGCAAAGGCUACAGGAGCAGAGACAUGCUAGCAAAAAAAAUGGUGACUUGGGCCUCUACUGGGAGAGGAAAUCUUCCCAAGCAGACUCAGAGGCCUUCCACCCACAUUCACUGCAGCAGGCACCUCUUCAGGGACAAUUGUGAUCAGAUAGAAGCCUGACCAUUUGAGUAUUAAAAUGAAAAUGUUGGCAAAUUCUCCAGAUGUAGAGCAGGGACAGAGGAAAUCUGACAUAUGAGAGGAGCCUGAAAGGGAGAAAUAAGGCUCCUGAAUUAUUUUGUGUGUGUAUCUACAUGUGUACUUUAAAAUGGAGAGCAAGGAAUGCCUUAAAUAGUUUUAUAGCUUCUCCCCUAUUCCACCGUGGCCCAGCCCAUACCCAACACAAUUCUGGGUAUAUAAUGGGUACAAUAAAUAUUUACUCAGUCAAUUGAUAGACAGAUAACAUAUGAUCCUAGCAAGGAAGAAUGAACAUUUCAUCCAACAAGUCAGGAAACAUUUAUUAAAUGCGUACUAUGUGUCAUAAAAUUGGAGUAACAUUGAUUAUCAGGAGGUAUUUCUGUGAAGGCUCUUUGGGUGCCUUCAAAGAAGGCACAAAAAAGAAAAGAUCAAAAAAAGAAGAGAUAUGAAAGGGUCUGCUGUUGUUACAGAUGCAAGCACAUAGUGAAACAUAAUUGUAAGAGUAUUUGAAGGACAGGAGAAGACUCCUAUCUAUGAUCUGCCAGAGCUAACUUUUCCAGCCCUAAGGCAGCUUCCUGUUUUGUUAUAAGCUGAUUUUAUCUCAUGCUUAGGAUUAUCAUGAGUCCAAAGUAGUGCAAACAUAUUAGGUUUGCACCUCAUGAAAAUUUGCAUGUGACAGUUGAUAUUUUCAUGAGUUUCCCUAAGAUUUUGGGAAAGAGAAUAGAAGCAGAGAUAGCAAGAGGUGGGGAGAUGAUCAUCCCUGGACUAAAUGUGUUUGUUUGAUCAACACCAUCAAUAACAGGUCAAAUUCACAACUGGAAGAGAGAGGCAUGAAGAACAUCAGGAAACUUUAGAAAAGAUCAGGAGGCAGAGUUAUCUAUUGGUUGGCUUCUCAAUUGGAGUCUUCUUGUGUGAAAUA